CGUCUGGUUUGUGCUAAACAGUCUAUUAGUGCAGAAGCUGAGCACAGACGUGAGUGUGACAGUGACAUUUAAGUGCAGUGACAUCUCCAAGUGUGAGUGACACCAGUGCUGAUCUGAUAGCAGAGAUGAGCUGGAGUUGGUUUUGGGGGUCACUCUGCUCAGCACAGAAUACAGGAGCCAGAGCCCCAGGAGAGUAUUCAUCAAGCAGAGCCCCAGGAGAGUAUUUACCAAGCAGAGCACCAGGAGAGUAUUCAUCAAGCAGAGCCCCAAGACAGUAUUCACCAAGAAGAGCCCCAGGAGAGUAUUCACCAAGAAGAGCCCCAGGAGAGUAUUCAUCAAGCAGAGCCCCAGGACAGUAUUCACCAAGAAGAGCCCCAGGAGAGUAUUCACCAAGAAGAGCCCCAGGAGAUUAUUCAUCAAGCACAGCCCCAGGAGAGUAUUCAUCAAGCAGAGCCCCAGGAGAGUAUUCACCAAGCAGAGCCCCAGGACAGUAUUUACCAAGCAGAGCCCCAGGAGAGUAUUCACCAAGCAGAGCCCCAGGAGAGUAUGCACCAAGAAGAGCCCCAGGAGAGUAUGCACCAAGCAGAGCCCCAGGAGAGUAUUCACCAAGCAGAGCCCCAGGAGAGUAUUCACCAAGCAGAGCUCUAGGACAACCUGUGGGAAUAACAUCCAGGUGCUCAGAAGACAAACUUAAAUGGCUGAUAGACCUGCUGAAAUCUGCAUGUUUCUCUGGUCUGGUGUCAGAGGUGAGAUAUCUUUAUAUCAGCAACAGGAACUCAAAUGAGUGGAGGAAAGAAAUUACUAAUUGCUCUCUAGUGAUUCUGUAUCACAGCAAACAUCACGGCCGGAUAAAUAGCACAGACAUAGACGGAGCGCUGUAUGAUGAGCAACUUCUCUAUUUGUCACAGAUGUUAGGUUUGAACAAGGUUAUGGUUGUGUUGGACGAUGUUGAUCAGACAGGAGAAGAUGAGAGACAGAGAAUACUGAGGACUCAGCCCAGUAUCAGACUCUAUUCCUGUAUGCUGAUUCUCAUUCCUCAGAAACAGAAGGAGGAAGCUUUACUGGAGAAGUAUGGCAUUAAUGUUCCUGCUCUGAUCAGAGAAGCUUUAGUCCAACAGCCAGAGAUGUCUGCUAGGUACCCACCUAUAGGAAAUAAAGGCUCUUUAAGAAACCGAAGACCUUUACAAGUAGUUCAUGCUCAUAAUUUAGUAACAUCUGAUAAAAAUCCACCAGAAGGAAACAGAUGCUUGUCACAAAACAGAAGAUCUCCUGAAACAACUGCUGCUCAUAAACCAGCCUCUCCAAGCCCUUCUCAUCCUUCACGAAGUACAUAUAAGAUCUCUAAUGACAUUGAAUCAGAUUGUUAUACAUUGAAGAGUGAGCCAUUUACAAAAUACCAGAAUGGGACCUCACAUCGCAAACACACCGUGUGUAUAUGUUCAAGGUCAGCGAUGAGUAACUAUCACUGGCUAAUGUCUCACCUACAAGCACCGGGCUUUACAGAUCUAGUGCAGGUCGUCCGCAGUGUCUAUAUCUCAAAUGACUUUUCACGUUUUGCAUCUAAUUUACAAGGCUGCACAUUUGCCAUUUUGUACCAUACACUCAACCACGGGCGUUUAAACAUCUCAGAUGUAACAGACUCAUUGUAUGAUCGUGAACUGCAGCAUUUAUAUCUCACACUGGGAAAAGAUAAUGUGAUUGUUGUGGUUGAUGACCUGAAUGACAGCAGCAAAGACAACAAGAUGAGGAUCCUAAAGGAACAACCCACAAUCGGGACGUGCGCCAAAGAAAUGUUUCUUAUCAGUGGUCAAGAAAAGAAAUACAUUAAUAACAGUUAUUCUUCACCUCGUUCAAUAAAAGGGAAAAGACUGCAUCACACAAUGAUGGAAAUAGAAGAAAUCAUUAAAAUGAGUAGUAAGUUUACUGAUGCCGACACAACUGAUUGCACAGGAUCACGCAGUAUGUUACACUUUACUCUGGGCAAAGUGAAAAUAUCAGUGGCUGCACCAUUGGAGGAAUUCUCAGACCAUCCCGGAUUAAAACAUAUGAAGACACCCAAUACAGCACAGGAAGCAUGCAAUAUAUCUAAUGACAUUGAAUCAGAUUGUUAUACAUUGAAGAGUGAGCCAUUUACAAAGUACCAGAAUGGGACCUCACAUCGCAAACACACCGUGUGUAUAUGUUCAAGGUCAGCGAUGAGUAACUAUCACUGGCUAAUGUCUCACCUACAAGCACCGGGCUUUACAGAUCUAGUGCAGGUCGUCCGCAAUGUCUAUAUCUCAAAUGACUUUUCACGUUUUGCAUCUAAUUUACAAGGCUGCACAUUUGCCAUUUUGUACCAUACACUCAACCACGGGCGUUUAAACAUCUCAGAUGUAACAGACUCAUUGUAUGACUGUGAACUGCAGCAUUUAUAUCUCACACUGGGUAAAGAUAAUGUGAUUGUUGUGGUUGAUGACCUGAAUGACAGCAGCAAAGACAACAAGAUGAGGAUCCUAAAGGAACAACCCACAAUCAGGACGUGCGCCAAAGAGAUGUUUCUUAUCAGUGGUCAAGAAAAGAAAUACAUUAAUAACAGUUAUUCUUCAUCUCGUUCAAUAAAAGUGAAAAGACUGCGUCAUACAAUGAUGGAAAUAGAAGAAAUCAUUAAAAUGAGUAGUGUAAUGAAAACAUCUGUGCCUGCAAAACCUGAAGAAUUCACAGGCCCACCAAAAUCAAAACAUCAGAAGACGAUCUAUACUGAGCAUACAGAAUGUAAUGUCCCUCAUUUUUGUGAAUCAGAACCUCUGUCUGAAGAUAAAGCAGCAGAUGAAGAAAUAUGUCAUGUGCCGCUAACAUCUCAUAUGCCAAUGACCUCUCAUGUGCCGCUAACAUCUCAUAUGCCAAUGACCUCUCAUGUGCCGCUAACAUCUCAUGUGCCAAUGACCUCUCAUAGUGUGCGUUCUUCAUCUUUGAAAUCUCUGAAUCAUAAAGUCAUCAUCUUCUCAAACCAUAAGCAGAUAUACUGUCAGUGGUUACUUAAUGAGCUUCAAGCACAACACUUUGCCGAUGAGGUGGUGGAAGUCACCUAUUUUGACAUGUCUAAUAUUAUCCAGCAUGAUCUACAAUCAUUUGAGUGCAGCUUUGCCAUUUUGUACCAUGCACACAAAUAUGGAGGCAAUAACAUCAUUGGUUUGGACAAAUCAAUCAAUCAAAUAUUGAAGAAUAAUAUAUAUAAAACCUGUAAACUUGGAAAAGAAAACACAGUUCUUGUGAUUGAUGAUCUGGAGAAGAGCAGUGAUGACGUGAAGACCAGGAUCUGGAAGGAUCAUCCUGGAAUAAACAGAUGGUUUGGAGAAUUAUUCCUGUUUAGUGAGAAUGAAAAACAUGGAAAAUCAAAGCCUGAAAGAUUAAAGCUGUUGGGGAUAGUGAAAAGAAUGAAAGAAAACACCGAAAGGAAACGGACGUGUGUCACCAAAGAAGACACCAAAUGUGUUACAUCAGAACAUCCAGAACUUCCUAAUUCUGAGUCCAUGAGCCGUGUAAAAAAAAGUAAGGGGGAUAUCCAAACAAUCCUUUGUAAAGGUCACCCCCAAAAGCAUAAAAUCAUAAUCUUUUCAAAAUCACCAUCAAGGAAAUGUCAAUGGUUAAAAUCUUUUCUUCAAGGACCAAGGUUUGCAAAUCUGGUGGAAGAUGUCUGCAUUUCUGCAAACUAUUCACAUGCACAUAAAUCAUCAGAGUUCACGUUUGGCAUUUUGUACCAUACACAUAAGCAUGGGCAUAUCAAUAUCAGUGACCUGCUGCAUGAUAGAGAGCUGGAAGAUUUAUCUCGGAAGCUCGGUAAAGAUAACGUCAUUAUGGUGAUUGAUAAUCUAGAGACCAUCAGCGAGGAGGUGAAGAGGAGGAUUUCGAACAAUAAGCCCAUCAUCGAGAGACUGGCCCGAGAGGCUUUCUUCUUUAGUGAGAAAGAAAAAUCUUUAAUUGAAAGCUAUUCGUCUGGCUAUUUAUAUAACGAUAGAAGAAUGAAAGACAAACUGCAGAGAAUUGAAGACAUUUUUAAAACGAGUUGUCAGAAACAUCAGGAGUCAACAAGAAAAGUAGAUAAUCCAGCUACACCUUCAUCUGCGUACCAGAGAGUCUCUCGAAAACAUCAGUCUCAUGGAGAAUAUAUACAGGGAUUAAAGUCUGCAGCCUCACAGAAUGGAUAUUUAUUGCAAGAAACAGAAGUGGCACCAAAAGGUAGACUAAACACAAUGACAGAGGAACACAAUAGGACAGAGGAAAGAGAAAAACCUAAAACUACGGCAAAGGAGAAAUGGAAUCCGCAUCCAUCAACAAAGCUAGAAACGUCAUCACGAACGGGAAAUGUGGAUUGGUGCACCUGCUCCAACUGUAUAGUGAUGACAACCGAGGUAGAAUCAAAAUGUUGCAAUGAGAUAGAAAAAAUACAUCCUUGGUUAAGGAGUGGGAUGCCAUGUGUUUGCCGACACCAAUAUAUAAACCGACUGAUAGACCGGGAAUAUCUUCAAGACCUUCACCGAUACAGUGCAGCUUACAAGGAAUUAAAAUUACUAGAUGCAAAGGAUUUGCAGGAAAGAGACUAUCGGAGGAUCGCAUACCGAGCAUUUACCUUGUGGUUAUACGGUGGUUACAUAGGACCAAAAAAUUGUCGACCAAUACCUUCUUGUGUUGUAAGAACUAUCAGGCAUCAGUACCCGACUACAAACAAAGGCUGUGUUGGAUCCCUUACAACUGAGUGUGAUGGCCCUGCUGAGGAGAUGUUUUUGGACUGAACUUUUAUUUAUUUUUUUCAAUUUGUUUAUUUCAGUUUAAAAGGAACACUUUUUUAUUUAUAUGUGAAAUUACAGAAGAAAUAUUUAUGAUUUCUACAUCUAUACAAUUUGUUUAAAUGAUAUGUCUAAAGAUAAAUAUAGUAUUUUAUAGAAAUGAUAGAGGAUAUUUAUCAAAGGAUUGGCGGACCUGAUCCGACAGUGCGGAUCAAGUCCACCAGACCUCGCUGAAUGCGGAGAGCAAUACGCUUUUCGUAUUCAGCAUUGCACCAGCAGCUCUUGUGAGCUGCUGGUGCAACGCCGCCCCCUGCAGAUUCGCGGCCAAUCGGCCACCAGCAGGGAGGUGUCAAUAAACCCGAUCGUACUCAAUCGGGUUGAUUUUCUGCGAUGUCUGUCCGCCUGCUCAGAGCAGGCGGACAGGGUUAUGGAGCAGCGGCCUUUACACCGCUGCUUAAUAACUGCUGUUUCUGGCGAGUCUGAAGGCUCGCCAGAAACACGGACCCUCAAGCUCCAUCCAGAGCUUGAUAAAUGGGCCCCUUAAUGUUUAUUUUGAAUAAAAUAAAGAUAAAUGAUAUCAUAUAAAACGUGUGCUUAGAACACACUACAUUACAUACAGACUGUAAUAUAAAUACAGACACUUUUUUACAGUGAUGGAAAACUUUUCCCUUUUAAAAAAAACAGAUCUGGAAUAUUAGUGAUAUUUUAUAUGGCGUUUAAUUCAUAUGAAGUAAUGAAGAUGCUCUACAACUUACAUUUUUACUAUAGAUAUGAAAUGCAAAUACCCCGCACUCCGCUGCCCACUUCAAAAGUUAUUUUUUCCUGUGAACUAACGGUCUGAAUUGUUCUCCAAUCAGGGCUUUAGCUAAAUAAAAAGGCAACCAAAGGGGGAGAGUGCUGAUUGGACAACAAUUCAGAUCGCUAGCUCACAGAAAAAUUGAUUUUGCAGUGGGUGAUGGAGUGCAGGGUAUUUGAAUUUCAUAUCUAUAUUUAAUAGUAAGUUUUAGUGCAUCCUCAUUACAACUGAUGGAUUACACUCCAUUUAAAUAUCACUAACACCCCGGAUCUGUGUUUACAUAGGGGAGAGUUUACCAUCACUUUAAGAAGUAUGAUAGGGAUUAUGAGAGGGUGAUGUCAGUAGAAGAGAGAGGGAGUGAGAGAGGGAAGAGAGAGGGAGUAAAUAUGAGUGAUACAGGGAAUGACAGAGCCAGUGGAAUGAAAAGAAGAGUUAGGGGUAGAUUUAUUUUGCUGCAGAUGCAGCUGUUUCGAAACAAAAGCUAAGAAGCAGCGGUCGUAAGAUCGCCGCUCCUUAACUCAUUCACCACCUCUGGGAUGGCGGACAGCAAUCAUUCCGAUCAGAUAUGAUCUGGAUGAUUGACACCCCCUGAUAGCAGCUGAUUGGUUGCAAAUGUGCAGGGGGCGGCAUUGCACAAGCAUUUCACCAGAAAUGCUUGUGCAAUGAUAAAUGCUGACAGCGUAUCCUGUUGGCAUUUAGCAAUGUCAGGCUGACAUGAUCCCCACAGCGAAUCAAGUUCGUCCAACAUUUCAUAAAUCUACCCCUUUGAGUACAGCUACAAAUUCCAAAAUCCAGACUUUUUCAUUAACAUUUUUAAAUAAAAUUAUUAAAAAUGACCACAA